CCAAAGGCGAACUGAUAUCGCUGACAGCUCAUUAUCAGCAUGGAUCAUGCGCUCGGUCGGGUGCAAAUGCACUGCCAACUACGGCGCUGUCGCAACCGUUUUUUCGCAACGUGAGCUUCACAGUCCCGCCGUGUCCGCACCAUCUUGUGAAUGAUGCGCGGGUACAAGCAACUCUCGAACGACGCGGUCGCACGCCUACCGGGCUGGAGUCGCCGGCGUUGGACACUUUUUGCAGCAUCUUUCAUACUUGUUAUUGUUUUCCUUUCUGCCUUCAACAGCGACCGCCAUCUUGUUCCUACUGCUUUCUCAUCCGGCAGCAAGAACAAGGCGAAACACUCCUCCAUCCUCCACGUCCUCAUCCCGGCAGACCACAAAGAUGUCAAUCUUUGCAAGACAAUGCUCAGCGCCGCAGUUGUUGGAUAUCCAACUCCUACGCUGAUCAACUGGGGCGCCACAUUUGACGAUAAAUCGCUAGUAGCUGGAGGUUCACAUAUAGCCAAGAUUAGUGGUGUGCUCGAAUACUUGCGCAAACUUGGGCCGGAACGUGAUGACGAUCUGUUGCUGCUGGUGGACGGAUACGACAUCUGGUUUCAACUGCGACCCAGCGCAUUGAUCUCACGCUUCCACGCUAUCAACAACGCGGCGAAUGCGCGGAUAAGGAAAACUAUGGGCUCGAGAGCCGCAGCUGCAGAAGGCAUAAGCCAAAACAUCGUCUUCUCCGCACAGAAGCGUUGUUGGCCUUGGAAACCAGAGGACCCGCCUUGCUAUGCUGUACCGCAGUCUUCGCUGCCUGGAGAUAUCUAUGGCCCACAGACAGAUACCGAUAUUGGCUGGGACAAGAACCCAUAUGUCAAAUUCCGUCAACGGUAUCUCAACUCCGGAGAUGCUAUGGGCCGCGUGGGCGCGAUGAAAGCGCUCUUCGAACGCGCCAUGGAGAAGGCCGACAAAGACCGAAAUUUCGGUAGUGACCAGAAGAUCUUCAGUGAGAUUUUCGGAGACCAGGAGUUCCAACGUGAGGUCAUGAGGCAACGACACAAGAGUUUCUUACAAAAGACAGGGGAUUGGUUCUCGGGGAGGAAGACUAUCCUCAGCCAGCAGUCUGAGCGACACUUGCGCGAGCACAAGGCUGGCAAGCCAGAUGAGUUUGGCAUCGGACUGGAUUAUGCCAGUCUACUCGGUCAUCCCACAGUUUUCGCAGAAGAAGACUCAGCAUGGGUCACACAUGGCGAUCCCAAGUCCAUCGCGCAGGCGUCUGCCGAACUCAAUAUCGCGCCAGUACGCGUCCACGACCUUGCCCAAGACAUUACAGAUUCGCAACCGCCAUUCCGACCCGCGGUUGUCGCCCCAGGUGCCAAGUUCCCUGACGAGAAAUCUUGGAAUGAUGUACCCCUCUACACCAACAUGUGGACAAGCGUCGUUCCUGGCUUAAUCCACCAUAAUGCGCAUCGGGAUGGGCUCAAGUCCCUCCGCGUCUCGGUCUGGGAUCGCAUGUGGUAUUUCAAUCACACCAGGGCAUUGUACGAGUCGAAUGCCAUGGGACCGGUUGCUCCUGUUGCUGUUGUACACGAUGACCAGGGCGUGGAGCAGGCGUGGUGGAGUCCAAUUGCGGAGAAGGGCGGAGCAAAGUCAGACAAGGAUGAGUGGCUGCCAUUCGAUGACUUGUGCCAGGAUUUUGAGAAGGAGGUGUUUAGAGAUGUUUAGAUUCGUUUAGUGUAUUCCCAGUUGAAUUUCUAGGAUAAAAUCAAUGAAAGUUACAUGUAAAGAAGCGUGAGGCUUGCAUGUGUGUGAUACGACAUUGAGAAGAGAGGAGUGCAGGGUCUCAAUUCGGAGUGGUAACGUCAGACAAGUUGUAUAUACUGCCAUUUUUCUAU